AUGCAUAUUCAGCCAAUAAAUUUACGAAAAAAACAUUGGCUAUUAUUCUAUAUUAUUUUGGGAUUUAUUUUUAUUUUAAUUUUUAUUUUUGCUUUAAUUAAUUUUUUGAAAUGGAAAAAUGGAAAAGAAUUUGUAUUUUUUACAACAAAAUCUGAAAUAAAGGAAGUUUACAUUAAUUAUUUGGGAAAUAAUAAUAAUGAAUUUACUUUACAAUUUGUUAGUAUUGAGGAAAAGCAAUUUACAAUAAAAGAAACAAAUAAUUAUCAACAGCCUUCCCCUGGAUUUAUUACAAAUUGUUCAGAACCAAUUUGUGAAGGGCCUUUAGCCCCAAUUUAUUGUUCAGGUCCUUUAAUUAGUUCGGCUUGGUAUUUUGGAGUACAACAUCAAUGCCCUGGCACAAAACUUCUUCUUGAACCAAAUGAAAUUCUUAAAAAUUUCCGCAAAAUUAUUCGAGGAAAAGUAAUCAAAAAAGGAGAUUUUAUGCAAUUUUGUGAAGAAAAUUUUGCAAAUACAGAUUAUAUAAAACCUUCCAAUUUGACUGAUUGGCAACCAAAUCCUAAAAAUUUUGAAUUAAUUAAUGACCCUAAAUGGAAAAAAUUUGCUGUUGCUUUACAUCAAAUUUGGCCUUUACUUUCACGAGAAUUCAUUGAUGAUGUUCACAAAAAUCAACAUUUUUACCCUGUUCUUUCUGUUCCAAACAGAUUUUUAGUACCUGGUGGUUUCUUUAAAGUUUUCUUUUAUUGGGAUACUUACUGGAUAUUGAAAGGUCUUUACUUUUCAAAUUUGAUUGAAACUUCUUACGGCGUUUUAAAAAAUUUUGCUCAUAUAUUAAAUUACCAUGGAUUUAUUCCAAAUUCAGGAAAUAUUCAAUUAUCGAGAAGAAGCCAACCUCCAUUUUUUACUCAAAUGAUUAAAGAUUAUUUUGAUAUAACAAAAAAUAAAAGUUUUCUUCAAGAGUUUUUACCUCUAGCCGAAAAAGAGCUUAAAUGGUGGAAUCAGAAUCGUUCAAUUAUUUUUGAAUUUAAAGGGAAAAAUUAUUUAAUGUUUCAAUAUAAGGUGGGGAAAGGAAUAAAUUUUAAGAAAAAAUCAUUGAGAAUUUAA